GUGUUACUCAGCCUCUUUGACUUGACAGUGGUGGUGUAUCUGCGGGUGCUGGACGCGGUGGAUAUCAGCCGGAUAGAAAUCUAUAAAGAUGGCCUCAGCAACAGCGACCUAUGGGCAGAAGGAGUCUUCGGACCAAAACUUUGACUAUAUGUUCAAGAUCCUCAUCAUUGGCAACAGCAGCGUGGGCAAAACCUCCUUCUUGUUCCGCUACGCCGAUGACUCCUUCACACCGGCCUUUGUCAGUACGGUGGGCAUCGACUUCAAGGUGAAGACCAUCUACAGGAACGACAAGAGGAUCAAAUUACAGAUCUGGGACACGGCGGGUCAGGAGCGCUACCGGACCAUCACCACGGCCUACUACCGAGGAGCCAUGGGCUUCAUCCUCAUGUAUGACAUCACUAACGAGGAGUCCUUCAGCGCCGUCCAGGACUGGUCGACUCAGAUUAAGACGUACUCGUGGGACAAUGCCCAGGUGCUGCUGGUUGGGAACAAGUGCGACAUGGAGGACGAGCGAGUGGUGGGCGGAGAUAGAGGCCGGCAGCUGUCUGAGCACCUCGGUUUUGAGUUCUUCGAGGCCAGCGCCAAGGACAACAUCAACGUGAAGCAGACCUUUGAGCGCCUGGUCGACAUCAUCUGUGAAAAGAUGUCUGAGAGCCUGGACGCCGGAGAUCCUGCCGUCACAGGGGCCAAACAGGGGCCCCAGCUGACAGAGCAGCCCGCUCCUCCUCACCAGGACUGUGCAUGUUAAAGCUGACUACUCCCCCCAAACCCCUUUUCCUCCCUCCUCCUCCUUGUCGUCCUUCAGCCUCGGGCCUCGAGCCUCAAGCCUCGGGUCAAAUCCUCCCAUCACCCUCUUUGCUCACUUUCCUGCUUCUUUCUGUAACCUAGCAAGGAUCAUUUGCCUAGGGGCGCAAGAACCAGGUUGAAAAGUGUCUGAAACACUUGGAGAUGCUAGUGGAUCAGUGCUAGAGGUGUGUUUGUGUCUGGUUCCUCCUAAUAAAAGAGCUAGAAAGUGUUUCUUUGAUCAGUGUGGGCGUUGGUCUGAUGCCAAAGCAAGUUUCAUCAAACCAGUGUUUCAGACUCUUUACAAACCAGGUUUUUGAAGGUCUCCAAGCCAUCUUCCGUUGUCUCCCUGUUCCUCAGUGUGGUUUUACAAGAAGGAUUUGACGGCGUCCGUCCUCAGAGUGCCAUUUAAAUCCUUCCGAUGUUUACAGUACUUUGUUUCAUGUCAGUCAGAUGUCUUGAAUAGAUGUCAGCCUCGGAUUUGGUGACCGAGAAAGUCACAGUGGAGUGAGUGUGGGAGGGAUGAUCCAGCUGAAAUCUGCUCCAUCCUGAUGUGUUAUGUUUCUUUUAUGAUUCUGGAUGCACACAGAAUCAAACGUCUGUUUCAUUUGUUGUCUCAGCUGCUAUCUAAACAUGGAUAUAGCAGGUUUGAGCAAGUGUUUUGUUUUCAUUAUUCAUCCGAGCCUUUUCAUUUGGCCUUUUUUUUUUUUUUUAUGUUUUUGUAUUCUGGUGCCGCAUUUAUUCUUUCAACACUGGGCGGGGGAAAAUACGAACAAGAUAGAGCUACGUAAAAAAAAAAAAACUGCAAAAAAAAAAAAUGAAGAGACACAUUUUAUUUAAUUAUAUUUAUUUCAAAUGUACAUAUAAAUGUUGUGCAAUAUAUAUAAUAUCUACAGGUAUGCAUUUCUUGAAAUGAAUUUGAAAAGGUAUGAAGUUCUAUGAGGAUAGUAUCAAAUAUAAGAGGUCUGUGUUGUUGGGUUUGUUUGGAUGAUGUGUGGAAUUGUUUGCAGCCUCGGCAGCUCCUCCGUGAAUUGUUUCAUUUUCCCGUCGGUUUGGUCUCACGCCUCCUUUCAGAGACAUCAGAAAUUCAAACGUCCUGCUUGUGACCCUUGAAAAAUUACUGAUACGUUUAUCAUCCUUCAAAUUCACCAAGUGUGAUUCCUAGCACGACUGCUAGUAAACUGAAGCAUUUUAAAAUGGCUCUCAGAUUAGAAGAAGGGGAUUUGUGCUGCAUCAUAAAUGUUGAAUUAAGCCAGACAGCGACUGUAGUGAAGCUGAAAUCAGGAGGUUUUCAAAAUGAAAUAAAGAUUGGAGCUGGACAUGGCUCAAAUCUUUAUUUGAUUUCACUCCUGGUGAGCAGUAACACUGUAAUUAGGGUUGAUGCUUCUUGUACCAACAGCCUCAAGAUGAUUCCUAUUGGUACUUAUACAAAAAAAGGAAAUUAAAGGAUAUCUAAAAAUCUAAAAACAAUGCUAAAUGUGCAAUUUCUUGACUCCAGUUGCAAACUUUUAGUUUUUUAUCUCCCUGAUAUCUGUUUCAGGUCACCGCUACUUUAUCAAGCAUCAGAAUUUCCUGUAACAUUUAUCAUUCAAACAUUUCAUCAGUCUCAAAAGCAUGAUGGAAUUAGUUUAGAAGAUACAAACAAUAUUUUUUGUGACAUCAUUUUUGUGGUAUUUUGCCUUUAUCUGAUAGUUUGACCCAGGAAGUGAAAGGAAAAAUCACUAUACAGCCAACACACAGCAGUAUAGGGUUUCCUAGCUUCGUAACAGACAGCCUGACAGUAAGCAGCUUCUUCAGAAUCAGUAUUACAGUGUCUGCAUGUCUGUUUGUGUGUAACGUUACCUCCGAUGCUCAGUCUUCAGGUGAAGUAUGGACAGCACUGUUAAAAGUCAAACAAGCAUCGAACAGCUGGAGGCUGAAAUGCUCACAGACCUGGCUGCUGCUCAGUUUUCUAACACUAGAGAUUGGUUCCAAUGCUGUGUAACAACAAGGCUACACCCCAUCACCCACUCUGGGCGUGCAUUAUCCCCCCUACACCAGACACUCAGACCAUGUUUGUACACUUGUUUUAAUACAGUUUCCGCAGCUAAAGUUGGUUUGCCGGGUACUCCUUCUUUUCACCUCACCAAAGAUUGCUGUAGAAGCAGCUCACUGUUUUUGCUGUAGGAUGCCAGAACGAGCAGCAUGUCUGAGUAUAAAACUGUAAUAAAACAAGUGCUGAAGUGAACUCUGGUCAUUUAGGGAUAAUUUUAUGUCAUGUUUCGUCAAGCAAAGUCAUUAUGGUGGUCGGAAUCAUCGACCACCAUGUGAUUAAAGCAGAUCUGAUCCAGGAAAGCGUUUAUUUUGAGUGUUAAUCAUUGCAUUAGUUAAGUUUAGUCAAGUGUAGCAUACCAACCUGAAAUCACAGACGAGCCGUUAAAGUGUGAGAAAAUGAGGCCCCAGUCAGUGACCCACCAAAGUAUUGAUUACUAUAAGAAAGGGAGUGAUGAUCACGACAAACCUGGGAGACGAUUUCAACCCUGCGUAUAUUUUACUUCUUACUGGUUGUGACUGUUUCUUUUCCGGUAAAAUCCAAACUUUUAAACUGUUCUCUCCUUUCUAAUACGUCUUCCUCUCUAUAUAAACCAGAUCUGUAAAUACUGUACCUUCGAGUCAUAUGUGUGGAUUGUGUUGUAUCGACUC